GGGGAGGCGGCCGACCCGCGGAUCUACGGAGAGGGGCCGGCCCGCAUCCCACACCUCUUCCGCAGGGACGGCUUCAGCUUCCAGACGGUGCCGGCCCGCACCAGCUGCGAGACCCGCGACCCGGCCGGCCCGGCGGCGGCGGUGGCGGGGGACGGCCGGCGGCGGCGGCGUCGCUCCGUCUCCCGGGCCCGGCAGGUGGAGCUGCUGCUGGUGGCCGACGCCUCCAUGGUCCGCAAGUACGGGAAGGGGCUGCAGCACUACCUGCUCACCUUGGCCUCCAUCGCCUCCCGGCUCUACGCCCACGCCAGCCUGGAGAACCACGUCCGGCUGGCCGUGGUGAAGGUGGUGGCCCUGGGGGAGAAGGAGAAAGGGCUGGAGGUCAACAGGAACGCCGCCACCACCCUCAAGAACUUCUGCAAGUGGCAGCACCAGCACAACCGCCUCGACGACGACCACGAUGAGCACUACGACGCCGCCAUCCUCUUCACCCGCGAGGAUUUAUGUGGGCAUCAUUCAUGUGAUACUCUGGGAAUGGCAGACGUUGGGACCAUAUGCUCUCCUGAGCGCAGCUGUGCAGUGAUUGAAGAUGACGGCCUCCAUGCAGCUUUUACAGUGGCUCACGAAAUUGGGCACUUGCUUGGGCUUUCCCAUGAUGACUCUAAAUUUUGUGAGGAGAACUUUGGCUCCAUGGAAGAUAAGCGCCUGAUGUCCUCCAUUCUGACUAGCAUCGAUGCUUCCAAACCCUGGUCCAAAUGCACUUCAGCAACCAUAACAGAAUUUUUCGAUGAUGGUCAUGGAAACUGUUUGCUGGACCAACCAAGAAAGCAGAUCCUGGGCCCUGAGGAGCUUCCAGGACAAACCUACGAUGCCAUUCGUCAGUGCAAACUGGCGUUUGGACCUGAAUACACAGUGUGUCCCGGUAUGGACGUGUGCUCACGCCUCUGGUGUGCAGUUGUGCGCCAAGGUCAGAUGGUCUGUCUGACUAAGAAGCUGCCUGCUGUGGAGGGAACACCAUGUGGAAAAGGGAGGAUCUGCCUCCAGGGAAAAUGUGUUGACAAAACCAAGAAGAAAUACUACUCAGCUUCAAGCCAUGGUAACUGGGGGUCCUGGGGACCCUGGGGCCAGUGCUCCCGUACCUGUGGUGGAGGAGUUCAGUUUGCUUAUCGUCACUGCAAUAACCCAGCUCCUAGAAACAACGGCCGAUACUGCACCGGCAAGAGGGCCAUCUACCGCUCCUGCAACGUCACACCCUGCCCAGCAAAUGCUAAAUCUUUCCGACAAGAGCAGUGUGAAGCAAGGAAUGGCUAUCAGUCUGACGCAAAGGGUGUCAAGACAUUUGUUGAAUGGGUCCCCAAGUAUGCUGGAGUACUUCCCGGAGACGUUUGCAAGCUCACCUGCCGAGCCAAAGGAACUGGCUAUUAUGUGGUAUUUUCUCAGAAGGUAACUGAUGGUACUGAAUGUCGACCGUACAGUAACUCAGUCUGCGUCCGGGGAAAAUGCAUCCGAACGGGUUGUGAUGGCAUCAUCGGUUCAAAGCUCCAGUAUGACAAAUGCGGGGUGUGUGGAGGAGACAAUUCCAGCUGCACAAAGGUCAUGGGAACCUUUACCAAAAAGAGCAAGGGCUACACAGAUAUAGUGAAAAUCCCAGAAGGAGCAACCCACAUCAAAGUUCGUCAGUUCAAGACUAAGGACCAGAGCAGGUUCACUGCCUACCUGGCCCUGAAAAAGAAAAAUGGUGAGUACCUUGUCAAUGGAAAAUACAUGAUCUCCACUUCAGAAACAAUCAUUGACAUCAACGGGACUGUCAUGAACUACAGCGGCUGGAGCCACAAAGACGAUUUCUUGCACGCGAUGGGACACUCCGCCACGAAAGAGGUUCUUAUUGUGCAGAUACUGGCCACUGAUCCAACUCAACCCGUGGAUGUCCGCUACAGUUUCUUCGUGCCAAAGAAGCAAGGGCAAAUGACUAACUCUGUCACCAGCGGCGGCGGCAGCAGCAGCAGCAAAGUACCUCCACAGCUCACGCAACCCCGCUGGGUUACGGGGCCGUGGCUUUCUUGUUCUCGAACAUGUGACACAGGAUGGCACACCAGGACUGUCCAGUGCAAAGACGGGCAUGGAAAAUUAGCUAAGGGAUGUCUUCUCUCUCAGAGACCGUCAGCAUUCAAACAGUGCUUGUUGAAAAAGUGUUAACCUGUGGUUGUGAUCUUCUUUAAAAGAGGUUUGAGUAAGCCAUUGUUGACAUACUGGUAUUAGGUCUGCCCAGACAGAGAGAAGCAAAAGGCUUCAAUGUACUUACCUACAGUCUCAAAUUAUGGGCAGAAUCUGCCUAUUUGGACCAAAUGAAGAUGUGCACUGCUUUAAAUAAUAGUAGGGUAAUCUUAAUAUGUCAAAAAACUAAGCAUUAAAGUUGUUACAAGCCCUCUGUGUCUGCAAAAAUAUAAAAUAAAAUAAUGCAAAAGAAGAAAAACUAGUGAAUGGAGGAUCCUGAGAUAUCUGAAGGUUACAGAAUCAUCUCCCCUUUUUCACCUACCUCUAAUACAGUAUGUCCUUAGAAAACGUCACAUGUAUCCAUGAUACCACAGUAGCUUAUUUUAUACUGUUUUGUAAAUACCUUUCAUUUGGUAUGUCACUUUAUAUCACUUGGUUCUAUUAAAAUAUCAAAAGACAAACUACAUAAGCAGAGUGAUUGACCAAAGUACUCUGCAGCCCUUGUGGACUCGAUCCAUUCUUCAGAAAGGGCCGCAGAUGUUUUACUGGAAAAUAAAAAGCUUGCUGCUGGUUUUAAAAAGCAAUACCUUUUGGUUUUGACAAAAGGAAACAUAUUUUCGUGCUAGGAAUAUCCUGGCAGCAGAUCAUUAUUCUAUGACAAAUACUGUGUUUCCACCAAGAAGUUCUCAGAAGGAGCAGUGCAGCAGCUUGCAGACCAGGGAUUCCCGCAUGUGCAUUGCUGAAAUACCAGCACCAUCAGCGACUCCUCACCCUGUGUGUGUCAGAGACACACACACAGGAGAAGGAUUUGGCUGCUAGAAGGAAUUUGUGUCCACUUCGCUUGUAAACCUUCCGCCAGUUCCAGCUGUGUCACAGCUUGGGGUCCUUGUUGACGAUGAACAAAAGCUGCUAGCUUCUUCUUUCCAUAAAACAAAGGCAUACUGUAUUUUGUAGAAACUAGUUAGAGAACCAAAAAUUACAGGUAAGAUAAUCAAGUGUCUUCUAAACUCAGAUAUUCUGAGGCUGUGUUCAACUGCUUUCUCUGUUAUUUUCUCUAUGGCUUCCACCUUGAAUCUAACAAUGUGUAAUGUACCUAGAUCUUCUGAAGAGGCUAUAAAGGUCAAAAAAACACAGCAAGCAGUUAAUAUUUUGUCACUGUUUUGUCCAUCAUGUCUAACUCUGGUAUUCAUCUUACCAGCAAAAGUUUGUAACUAUUUGUCUUGAUUGUUUUGUGUGUGGUUUUGUUUUUGUUUUGCUUUGUUUUAAAGCUACAGAAGGCAUUCAUGUUUUGUAUAUCCACCCCAUCUGGGAGGAAGAGGGGUCACUAGGAAGUCAAACCACAUCAGGAUGUGGAGGACUUGCCCUAUACCAAUAAGACUGUUUCCACAGUACAGGCAGUGGCAGGUAAUUGCUUUCACUGGCAGCAACUUCUGAAUCCCAUUGUUGCCUGGCAGAAGUUCUGUGACCAAGGAUGGGGAUUUCACCUGAUGCAGGUACCAGGUGGGGGCCUGACAGCGACCCUGUUAAAACCGCUUCCUUUUAUAUCAGCGGGCUUUGAAUUAAGCCCUGGAAUAACAGGUACCGAAAGAAAUGGUUGGAAUACGUUGUUGAAAAAAGAAUCUCAUCUGCCUUUCAUUCCUUCAUUCAUCCACACAGGCGAGUGUGAGGCUGCAGGAGGAUUUUCAGACAAGCCUCGCAGCUGUAAGUCAGUGGUUCUCGAGCGCUGAAAUCCCCCAGGCUCCUCUGAAAAUCCCAGUCGUGAGGUCAGGAGAGAAAACUUGUUGGCCUGUGUAGCAAGCAGGGCAGGACUCACUCCGGGCUGACACAAACAUGUUUUUGCAAGUGUGGCAUGUUUGUAUGAAUCCUAAGAAAGCAUGUGAUGAUUUCAAAACAGCGUAGAAUUGCUACAUCUGCAAGUAUGAAACCUGGAGAAGUAUCUAUUUGUGUACCCUGUUCUAAAUAAACAGAAAGAGGGCAGGGCCUCCUCCUCUGUCAAAAUGAAUUACCAACGGAUGUUACUAGUCGUCUUCAGCUUCCAAGAAUGGUGUGACCUUUUAUUAGGAGUAGGCCUAUGAAAAAUUGUGGAUCUUGAGGAAAAUUCCCCACUUAAUCUGUGAUCCCACCCUAAGAACUCAGAUCAAGGGCUCUGAAUAGUUUCAGAGUUCUAGAAAGUAAAGAUUUAGGCCUUCUCUACCUAUUAACAGAAGAUCAUUUUGAAGUGUCUUAUUUUCCUUUCAAGUAAUCUAAUUUUUAUACGUAUGUAUAUGUAUUAAACAUGUUCUAGAACCUCUCAAAAAAACUCAUAACAAAUAGAAACCGUCAUGAGAGAAAACAUACGGAGACUUAAUGUGUCUCAGCAUAGAGUUAACAUUUGUCUUGACAUACAGCUGCUGUAUGAAGUGGCGUUUGUUUUUCCUGUGUUUUAUCAUAAUAGAGACAGAAUGUGCAAGUAUUUGUGUUUGCAUCAUAGUAAUAAUUUAUUAUAUAUUCAACAGGAUGAGUAAAGCUUUUGGAUGCUGUUCAGGCUCCAGAAGAGUAAUACCAUACGCGGGUAUAAAUUCAAAGCUUUCUUAGAUCGAGUAUCUUUUUUCAUAGAAAGAGUUUAUUUAUAAAAAAUAAAUAAAUAUGCGAACAAACCACUAUAGCGAUUUUUCCCUUUUCACCAGUGUAGUAAUGAAGCAAAUUGGCAUGAUCAAAAAGCAGUUGCCUGUAGAUGGUGAGAGGGCAAAGGGGACAGACGAAGGAAGCAAGCCUAGAAGUGUGAUUUAAUGCUAGGUCAGUCUGCUCUAGUUUGCACUUGCUUUUUAGCUAUUCUUUGUAAUCAGAUUCCAAUUUCAAACCUUGCUUUUAUCAGUCAUUGCUGUCUCAUGUAACUGAUAAAUGAAAAAUUGGUACAAGGUAUGUGACUUUGUCCUUUCAACUUCUGUUCUCAACUAAAUUCCUUGUCACUCACACUGUUAUGUCAUUGUUUACAUUACUACCGAGGGUUGCCAAACAGGAUUCAUAAAAUGCAUCCAGGGGAUAGAAACCCAGACGAUUGCUCUUUGCAUAGAAAGAAACAAUCCUCAGUGUUAAAUUCACUGCUGACUUUUUGGGACGCAUCUCCAGCACCCAUAGGUGGAGUUGGACCCCUAAGCGUCGGUGGGUUUUAGGGCAUCUGCUUCUCAAAUAAGACAAUCUCGCUAGGAAAAAAGCUGUCAUUUUUGGUUUGACUGUAUACAAGAAAUUAAAUUUAGCUGCCCUCCUGUGGAAACAGUUUUAUCACAAGGGGGAGAGGGAAUAAUCUCGUGGAUUAAUCACAAUUGUAAAAAAAAAAAAAAAAA